AUGACAAGCUUCGCCGUGCAGUUUGCACGCCAGCAAAGGCAUGCUUUCCAGGCAGCCUCAAAAUUUUCGGCUGCUUCCACUUCAUCCAUUGCCGUCUCGGCCGCUGCUUCCACGUCGUACGCAUCUACACCUUGUGCCACCAGGGCAUUCUCCACCGCCAGGAACAACCUGUCUCGCUCUGCGCAGCUCGCAAGAUCGCAACGUAGCCAGCUAGCCCUCACAAGACACAUCUCCACAAAUCAGCCCAAGGAACAGGCUGCUGCCGCUGCUCAGACCGCGGCCAGUGUCCGUCCCGAGCCUUCGCCUGCGUUCCAGCAGUCUCCCCAAAACAUUGCUCCUCUCGCUUCUAGAUACGAUGCCAACGCUCUCGAUGAGUCAUUUGUUGGUCUCUCGGGUGGUGCCAUCUUUCACGAGAUGAUGCUCCGACACAACGUCAAGCACGUCUUUGGUUACCCCGGUGGCGCUAUCCUUCCCGUCUUUGACGCCAUCUACAACUCGAAGCACUUUGACUUUGUCCUUCCACGAAGAGAGGACGGUGCCGGCCACAUGGCUGAAGGCUACGCCCGUGUUACCGGCAAGCCCGGUGUCAUUCUCGUCACUUCGGGCCCCGGUGCCACCAACGUCAUCACACCGAUGCAGGACGCCAUGAGUGAUGGAACCCCCCUGGUCGUCUUCUGUGGUCAGGUCGCAACCUCUGCCAUCGGCUCGGAUGCUUUCCAGGAAGCCGAUGUCGUCGGCAUUUCGAGGUCAUGUACAAAGUGGAACGUCAUGGUCAAGGACAUUGCCGAACUACCGCGUCGCAUCAACGAGGCUUUCAAGAUCGCCACCUCUGGCCGUCCUGGUCCCGUUCUCGUCGACCUACCCAAAGACGUCACGGCUGGUAUCCUUCGCCAGGCCAUCCCAUACAGCCAGACGCAGCCCAACAUGAUCACCAACCUGCCUAGCCGACAGGUUGCACGCAACCGUCGGGGCGCCACCUUCCAGCAGAGCGCCAACCUGCGCUCCUCUGAACAGGACAUCCUCACCUCUGAGCUGCAAGAAGCCGCUCGUCUCAUUGGUAUUGCCAAACGACCCAUCAUUUAUGCCGGUCAGGGUAUCCUCUCUUCCCCCGAGGGUCCCAAGCUGCUUGCCAAGCUCGCCAAGGAGCACAACAUUCCUGUUACCACCACACUCCAGGGUCUGGGUGCCUUCGACGAGCUCGACUCUCUCAGUCUGCACAUGCUCGGAAUGCACGGUUCGGCGUACGCCAACCUUGCCAUGCAAGAUGCUGAUCUCAUCAUCGCGCUUGGCGCUCGAUUCGAUGACCGUGUUACGGGUAAGAUCGACAAGUUCGCUCCUCAUGCCCGUGCGGCUGCGCUUGAGAACCGCGGUGGUAUCAUCCACUUUGAAGUCAUGCCCAAGAACAUCAACAAGGUGGUCCAGGCCACCUGCGCUAUUGAGGGUGAUGUCGUCACCAACCUCGGCAAGCUGAUGCCUUACCUCAAAAGCAACGCUCCCGACAGGAGCGAGUGGCACCAGCUCAUCAAGUCGUGGAAGGAGGCUUACCCCUUCACCUAUGAGCCAUCUAAGGAAGGAGAGCUUAUGAAGCCUCAGGAAGUGAUUGAAGCCCUUGAUGCUGCCGUUGCCGAUCAGAAGGACAACGUCAUCAUCUCGACUGGUGUCGGACAGCACCAGAUGUGGGCUGCACAGCACUACCGCUGGCGUCAUCCUCGCACCUGGGUGUCGUCUGGUGGUCUCGGAACCAUGGGUUUCGGCCUGCCCUCGUGCAUUGGUGCCAAGGUCGCUGCUCCGGAAAAGAUUGUCGUUGACAUCGAUGGCGAUGCGUCCUUUUCCAUGACUGCUAUGGAGCUCGCCACAGCAGCCCAGUACAACAUCGGCGUCAAGGUGCUUGUGCUCAACAACGAGUUCCAGGGAAUGGUGGUGCAGUGGCAAGAUCUCUUCUACGAGAAACGUUACUCUCACACCGAGAUGCACAACCCUGAUUUUGUCAAGCUCGCCGAAAGUAUGGGCGUCAAGGCCAUCCGCUGUGACACGAUCGCUGAACUGCCAGCCAAGAUGAAGGAGUUCAUCGAGUAUGACAACAACAAGCCCGUCCUGUUCGAGGCAAGAAUCACCAAGAACGAGCACGUCUAUCCAUUCUGCCCCGCCAACGCCGGUUUGCACGAGCUGAUUGUUCAUCCCAGUCUCAAGCCUGUACCUAAGAGGAGCUAA